AUGCACGGCGCCUCCAGCCUGGACGGCAGCGAGCCACCAGCCUCCGCCUCGGCGUCGGACGAGGCCAGCGCCGCUGAGCUCAAGUUCGUGACCGAGCGCGCGGACGACUCGGGCCCCGACGCCUUCCCGCAGCACGAGGAGUGCGUGGCCAUUCUCACGAUGAAGUGCGGCGAGCCACUCAUGGCCGUGCGCAAGAAGCUGCACGACGAGAUCCCGAUCCCGUUCAUCCCGGACGAGGGCUUCGGCGUGUUCCAGAGCAAGGUGGAGCGCCACUACAGCAAGCUCGGGCCCAACUACGUGCAGGAGCGGCGCGCCAUUUACCUCAAGCCCAGCAGCAACGCCACCCAGUCCAAGUACGUGCAGCUGACCAAGGAGAACUUCGACCCGCUGCUGCGCGUGCGCUGGAAGGUGGCGCGCAGCAUGAAGGUGGAGCUCAAGUACGAGGUUUUCUGCUACUUUGUGGACAUCACCACCAAGAAGGAGAAGAAGCGGCUGAGCAUGAAGAUGUUCCAGCAGCAACAGCAGCAGCAGCUCGCCGACGGCGUAGAGGCGAUCGUGACCAAUGGCAUAACUGGUGCCACGGCGUCGCCUAACCCGUCCUUCAUGGCGUUCAGCCAGCCGGGAUCCGCUGGCAUCCCGUUGAUCCAGAGCUACGCUGACAUGUCCAUUGACGGAUCCCUCACGCCCGGUGGAGGUGCGAAGACUAGGACUGCGGUGAGCCACAAGAAUGGAGUGCGCGACGAAUCCAUCCAGACCAGUGAUCGCCCUCGCAAGGUUGCGCGCGGGAAGCAGGCGGCAGCUACGACGGCGGCAGCGGAGCAGCUGCAGCUGGAUGGAACGAGUGACGACUCAGUGUUCCAUACGAUCCCGUUCCGGAUCAACGGAUUCGUGGUACCGCUGGAGGUGGACAUUAUGGCGCUCAAACGAAGUCUUGGGUUAAUACAGCCGUCCUCCGACGCGCCUGGCAGCCUUGAUCCCACGUCGCAUUUAUAA